ACCCCUCGAUGACCCUUGCGAGGGUGAAGAGCUGGUCCACAGUUCCACGACCGGGACGGAAUCCGCACUGCUGGUCUUGAAUCCGAGGCGAAGAAGUACACCUGUCCUCUGAAGUCUCCAGGGAUCCGUCCGACCUCAGCGAGGCCUGGGACCAUGCGGCACCCGACACCGCUGCAGAACGAACCCCGAAAGAUCAGUUACAGCCGCAUCCCGGACAGCGAGGCCGAGGGGGGAGCGAUCUCGGCACCCAAUUCGCCUCGGACCCCCCUGACUCCGCCCCCGGCCUCCGCCACCUCCACAGACCUGAGCAGUGUGUUCGACUCGCCACAAGGUCCCAGCAGCCCCUUUCACUCCAGGUCCUCCUCGGUCUCCUCCAUGGUGAGUUUCAGUCGUGGUCCUGAGGAGCUCCCGGUUCCUCCUCCUGUUCCUCCUCGCAGACGUCCGGAGUCGGCUCCUGCAGACUCCUCCCCCUCCAAGAUGAUGUCACAGUUGGACAGCCCCCCUGCUGUCCCCCCUCGGCAGCCCACCUAUAAGUUCCUCCCCCCUCGUUACUCCUCGUCUCUGUCCUCUUCGUCGCCCCCUGACAGCCCCCCCUCUCUGCCUCCCCGGGAGCCUCUCAGCUCCCCUCUAUACCUCCUCCCCCCUCCUCAAGGCCGCCCUCGUUGUGACCUGCAGGCCUUCUUCCCUUCCACCACCUCCUCCUCACCCUCCAUCAGCUCUGCCCCCGCUGCCUCCUCCUCCCCACCCCCCAUUCCUCCUCUCACUCCCAUCACCCCCAGCCCUUCCUCCAAGAAGAUGCCCCUCCCCCUCCUCCCCCUCGACGGCCCCCCGGUGCCUCCCCGGCACACCGUCCCCAAACCUCCUCCCAAGACCUACAAGAGGGAGUGUCUGGCCCCCGCCCCCAUGUUGGACCCGCCCUCUGCACUGUGA